AUGUUGCAGGACGUUGCUGUUCUCCUUGGAUUACGGGUGCAUGGGCCUGUCAUCACCAGUACUGCACAGAUCAUCUGGUCAGACUUCUAUGAGGAGUUGUUUGGUAUUAAACUGUCAAAGACGAUAUUGUCGAGGUCUUCACUAAGAUUUCACUGGCUUCGCGAUACGUUUCACCACUUACCAAAUGAUGCAGAUGAUGAGACCAUGCGGAGGCAUGCACGAGCAUUUAUUCUUUGCUUUAUCAGUGGCCAUUUGUUCGCCGAUAAGUUCGAUUCCCAUGUGCAGUUGUUGUACUUAUCUUUACCACAUGAUCCUGAUAUAUAUGGACAGUUGAGUUGGGGCAACGCUACUUUAGUCUUCUUAUAUCGCAAGCUCUAUAGGGCCACCAAAUCAGAUACAUGUGAGAUAGCAGAGCCGUUGUUUCAGAGAAUCACAUCGCUAUAUCAUACAGAAAUGAGUGGCUUCCAUUCGAUCACUGUUGGAUGCAAAGAUCGAGCACUUGUCGAUGUUAUGGACGGUCUUCACAUCUCAUAUCCUGACUUCUCGAACUUUGACCUCUCUGUAGAUGAUGCAUCUAUAUCACAGAGGAUGAGCGAGUCAGGAGACACGUCGUACCAACUCGAUGAGCAACACGUCGAUCAGCAUGGGAUGGUCAGAGGAGGGGUCGAUUGA